GUGGAGUUUGGUUAUUGCUAUUGUGUGAUGUGACCGUAAAGCGGGGAACAUGGCGGAGAGCUGUGCGUGGUUGCUAGUGCUGAGCACUGUGUUUUUGUGCAAUCUCUUUAAAAUCCUGCUUCCUUCCUUUUCCUCAAUACUGUCUCGCUUGUUGCAGACGGAUGCGGAGCAGGAAUAUCAGAUGAGGUCUGAGAUCCAGGGGAUGAGGCAGGAGCUCUCCAACAUCAGCAUGAUGGACGAGUUUGCCAGAUACGCCAGACUGGAGCGCAAAAUCAACAAGAUGACGGACAAGCUCAAAACCCACGUUAAGGCCAGAACUGCUCAGCUUGCGAAAAUCAAGUGGGUCGUCAGCAUUGUAUUUUAUGUUCUACAGGCGGUCUUGAUGAUCUCUUUAAUAUGGAAGUAUUACUCUGAACCGGUGACUGUGCUACCCAGUAAAUGGAUCGCACCUUUGGAGCGUCUGGUAGCCUUUCCAACAGGGAUUGCAGGUGGUGUCGGAAUCACGUGUUGGCUCGUAGUUUGCAACAAAGUUGUGGCUAUCAUGCUCUAUCCUAUCAGUUAAGAUGGACGACGCGCUGACAACGCGACAUUCCAUGAACGCAGCCCCGCGCAUGCGGUCAGAACGCGACGAUGUAGCAAGCAGCUGCUUUACACUUUGUUUACAUUAUUUGUUAUUUAUUUAAAUGGAUUAAAGGAAUCUGAGGCCUGCGAUGCGAUAAAUACACUAGAUAGCUGAGAAAAUCAGCGCUGUUUAGAUCUCGUCAUCAAGUGAAUAUUAUAUGCAUGUUUUGUGUGCGUGAAUUAAAUUAGCGCAUGGAUAUUCCAAA